GGGGGAUUCCCCGAGGGAAGUUCCCAACUCAACCAGCUAUGUAAAACAUACUUUGCCAUAUCCUCUCCUGCGCUUCGUAACUUUGCAUCUGAAGAUUAGGCGACGACGCUGCGGUGGUGUCAAAACAAUAAAUUCGACUUUAAGAGUGACACGAAUGAAGGGCUCAUGUCUGCUGCGUCAGGGAUGAUUGUGGAGCACACGGCAUGGAAAGGAACAUCGGAGACCAGCUCAAUAAAGCUUUCGAAGCUUAUCGCCAGGUCUCCAUCGAAAAGGACAAUGCUAAAAAGGAGCUGCAGCAAAUGAGUGAAUAUUACGAGCGAUACACUCAAAAGCUUCAGAAGCAGAUAGAGGACCAGCAGCAGUUGAUAUCAAAACUUGAAGCUAAGUUAUCAGCAACGAGACAACCAUCAGAGAUGAAAUGUGAGCCUUGCAACCAUCUCCUCGAUGGGGCCAGCGCCUAUAGGAUAAUGCAGUACCCGGAGAAUAUGGGCACUGUUGCUGUUGCUCCCAACAUGCCAGUCAGCAGCAGCGUUGACUAUCAGGACAUGCUGGAUGCAUUUGCAGCAAUUCAAGGGAAAUUCCAGCAGAUUCGCUCUCUCACCCGAAGACAAAAAGAUCACCUAAAAAGAUUCCAAGGAGGAAAUGAUGCAUCAAAUGAUCAGCGGUUCUCCAUGCCCAUCCAGUGCACAGACCGUACAGCAGAGGCAGAGAGACCCUUUUCAGCAGCGCCAAGGUCAGCAGUGGAUAUCCCGCUCCCGCCCACGUCCCUGGCGUCCCGCGGCGCCAGCCCCGAGGACAGGGACUUAGUAGACUCUCUCACCAAACUCAGUGUCAAAUUCCCGCCCUCUGCGGACAGUGAAUAUGACUUCCUGAACAGUGCUCCGGAGAGACACAUUGGUCUGACCAUGCCCACAAAGCGGCCUCUCAGCAACAUCCCCUCCACGCUGACCGUGGAAGAGGAGCCCGUGGAACUGCCCAUGCCUUUUGUCUACCCUCCAUCCCCCUCCCUCUCAACAUCAUCUUCGCUCUCCCAGGAGAGCGUGCGGGGACCCCAGCAGCCUCUCUGGAGCCCUGAGCUGUGUGAUGCAGUUGAUGUGAGGACAGAGCUGGCGACGUCUCAGAGCAGCAGCCCUGAUAAAUGUGCUUUCUGCCAUGCUGUGGUUCCUCAGGACCGAAUGAACAGCCACCUCUACUCGCAUUUCUCCCCUAAGAAUGAAGCCGACAACUGACAGUGGAUGCAGAGACUGACGGGCCCAAGGCCACAACUACUCCAAGACUUACUGAAUUCGUGGUGUGGUCCUGCCUGCCGUGAAGAACAUGCGCUGUACUGGAUUUGAAAUGACACUGCAAUAAGACUUGAAUCCAUUUAUUUAAUAUUGAAGAAUUGAAUGGUACACUUUCUUGCCCAAUAUAUUUUUCUAAUAUCACGCUGAGAUUUUACUCUAGUACUAAGUGAUGACGACACAUAUUAUGGUAUAUAUGAGCAAAUAAAGCCGACAUUUACUCUUUACUUUUUUAUCAUUUGAAUCGUUUUCAACACGCAAAUAUAAAACCGGUUAGGCUACUCUAAGUGCAUCCAUACAUAAAAACAUAUGGUGGAUUUAUUAUCAUUCUCUCUGCAACAUGUUUAAACAUAAUUUGCAGUAAUAACCUGUAAAAAUUUCCUCUUAGAAGAAUCACAAUUCACUUUGUAAACAGAAAUUUGCAGUCAUUUCUUUUGAAACGACACCUUUUAUUCCUUUUCACGUCAGCAGCCAGAUUUUAUAUCUCGCAGAACAACAAUAUGUCACGUAUUACAAAUGACAAUAUGCAUCAAAUCAUUCAAAUGGUAACCCAUCCUUUCCAGAGCUGUUGACAUGUUGAUUAGCACUAUUUUAACUAGUGCUAUAUUCCCUUCGUUCGUCCGUGUUGUGUGCUUCAACCAGGGAAAUCUGAAACAUCUGUAUGUCAUUCUUUAUGCAGAGUUGGAAAUAUUUCCAACUUUGAAAUCAUUUUGAUAGGCAGCAUGCCACGCAUUCAUUAAAAUUAUCUACACAGAUGGCAACACAUGCCAUUAGGCACAAGCUCAUUGUUAAAUCAGAUGCCCACUUACCUUGCCAUUUGUAUAGUAAUACAAGGCAAUAUUAUACUGUAUUUAUGAUGGCACAUUUAUUUUUAAUGGACAUAUGAGCAUUAUAUGAUGCUUUGACUCUAAUAAUUAUAAGUGAUAAAAUGAGACAUUCCAGAGGUUUCAUAUGACAUUACAGGCUAAUAUUUAAUAAUUAUUGCUGAUGGAAAAUGUGACCAUCUCACAAAAUGCCAAAGACACUGAGCAGGACAGGUUAUUGUAAUAUGGAAAUAGAUGAUGUUUCAGUCACUGACAUAUUUGUACAGUAUGUACAGUACCUAACAUUUGACUAAACCUGAGUCUUCUCUAAACAGCAGCAUCAGCUUUUGACUUUGGCAGUAUUUAUUCACACCUUUGCAAACAAUCGCAGUGAUUUUCACCAUUCAGCGUGAUGAUGUUUGAGGAAGCGGGGACGCUGUGUGUGUUGGAACACUGCGUUGUGCAGAGAGGACCUUGCAGCCCUUCAGCUAUGGGCUGGUAACACUUAUGCUGGGUAGAUGAGCUGGUGUGAAGACUGCAAAACAACCUUUUUUCCUCUCUUUACAAGUGUUUGGUAUUAUAACUCACUUUCCAUAAUCAAAUACUGCUUAAUAGACUGAUUGAUUUGCUACAUCAACCUUAACUGAUAUUUUGCACUGCGCAUUUCACUGCGUUUCAUAAAUAGCUCAGAUGGGUGUAAAAAAAAUGUGAUGUGGUAAUGCCAUCAACUAUUCCCAACUAGUGAGUCAUUAGACUGAGACAGAAGAGCACUUGCUAAAACACAACACGUCAUCCACGUGAAGGAAAAGAGUGAUCAUGCAAAAUGUGUCAUUUGGUGUAUUUACAAAGGUGAAUUAUUGCAUACUGCAUUUUUAUUUUGGAGUGACACAAAGCACGCAAUUUUACAUUUCACAUCACAUCAUGGACACUGAGGGGAGAAUUUAUUCUGAUUUUUUUUUUGGCAAAUACAUAUCCCUAAUGAUCCUCUCUGCUUAAUCUGUGAAGAGUCGAACAUUGUGCAGCCUGCAUGCUUUUCUCUCUGGGAUCAUGAACAGCUGCUUGCUCAUAAUUAUGUUGUCAUUCAUUGUUAUUUGGAAGAGGAAACUCGCACUGACAGCUAGGAUUUUUUUGUGUGUGUAUCACCGUACACUGUAUAUAUGUACUUGCUUGUGUAUACAGUAGUGUGAACUGUUUUUCAAAUUCCACUUUAGCUCUCAGCCUCAGCUAUCGCCAUAAUGUCCAGUAGAAUAUAGAUAUAUGUGCCAUA